UAUUCCGAGGAUUGUGACAUGCAUGGGUGCUGAGGUGACAAUCUGCCAGUGAGGCACAAGGGGUGGCUUCGAGAGCCCACUGCUCCAGGACAGUGGGGAAAGUGCCAGCACCAUCGCCAGCACCAUCACCACCGGCUCACGCAGGUAAACUGGGUCCACAUCUCCCAGGGAGGGAGGGAAGGGUCAUAGGAGGCCACCCAGAGCCCCCUGCUACUCCCUUUAUCCUCGCAGCACACAGCCUCCCUGGUACAAGCCUGCCUGGUUUUGGCUCUAGAGAGGUGCAGACCCACACAAGAUUUAUGUUAAGUGGCAGCCUGCAAACAAUCUUGAGACCCAGAGGCCCUGGGUGAAGCACAAGGCUGUAGGAGAGGCUGGGCAUUUCAGAAGUGUUUAAGGAUGUCUCACAAGCAGCUGCUCAAGUCGUGGUGGACUGAUUUACAAUCCAAGUGACGUCUUUUAUGUUCUCAGAGAUCCCUGAUACCUGGUUGCAGUGGUCUAAGUUAAUCAGCAGUGGAAAAUUUACUGGUGUCGGGAGGACAACCUAGUUCAGGGAGCAAUUCAGGGGAUGAUGUGUGAUGGGGAGAGAUGGGGACAACUCCUUGGUGAUGACUUGCAAGAAGGUCUGUGAGAUUUAGGUGCUUAUCUGGGGCCUGGAAGACAAAUCUGGACUCUUUAUCAUCAAAUAACAGGCAGAGUAUAAAUCAGCUUAGAAAUGCAGGCAUUUGUUAUUGAGACAGUCUAACUGAAAUUUGUAUUUCAAAAAGGUUCAGAAGAUUUGGAUGCCUCAUUCCUUCACAUGCAGCAGUCAUUAAUUCACCCCAAAGCCCCACCUCCACCUCUCCUUUGCCUUGCCUUGGGUCCCAACCCAUCCCUGCCCCGAUCCUGCCUGGAUCCCAGGUGUUCUGUGUCAAUACUUGUGUGGUCAUCAUGGUUGUCCCAUUGUGGAGAGAUACCUGUGGGUGGUGCCCCUUGCUCUGCUGGAGAUGAGAUGCGUGGGACAUGAGUGUGUGUCCAGCAGCUGCAGAUGGUCCUCAGCUCCUUCCCUGUUAACUUCUUUUCUCCACAGCAACAAGAUGUCGGAGGUAGAAAACACUUUCCAUAAAUUUGCAAUAUACGGUGACACAUCUGCCAGUGGCAACGACAUGACGGGGAAAAACUUCUCCAAGAUGUGCAAAGAGUGUGGGGUCAUGGAUGGGAAAGCCGUGACCAGCACUGACAUUGACAUUGUAUUCAACAAAGUCAAGACCAAGGGUGCCCGCACCAUCACCUUUGCUGAGUUCCAGCAGGCCAUGAAGGAGCUCUGCAGCAAGCGCUUCAAGGGCAAAUCGCUGGAGGAAGCGCUGCAAGCUGUGUAUGGCCUCAUCGAGGGGAAGGAGCCUGGCAGCGUGGGUGCCACGAAAGCCACCAAGGUUGGUGCGGUCGAGAGGCUGACGGACACUAGCAAAUACACCGGCAGCCACAAAGAGCGUUUUGAUGAGAGUGGCAAAGGGAAGGGUCUUGCCGGCCGCCAGGAUCUGACGGACAACAGCGGCUACGUUGGAGCCUACAAGGGAGCUGGCACGUACGACCAGACACACUAGGACUGAAACUGGUUUAGGAAACAAGGACUUUUCCCCUAUAACAUGGGAAGAGACACAAAUAAACAUCUCAUGCAACCAGC